CUUCUGGUUACUGUAGAAGAAUAUCGUUCGUUUACAGAUAUCGAUGAUCUCAUCUCACCAGACACAUCUGAAGCAUCUUUAAAUAAAAUGCAUUUGCAGUGCCCGCUUUGCUCGAAGUCCUAUUUGACGUUCUUCGGCCUUCGUCGGCACAUUCAGUGCCACCAAGAUGGGCGAGUCGAUCAGAUAUGUACCCACUGCAAGAAACAUUACAAGUCUUCAGGAGCUCUAAAAAUGCAUCUGAAGACGCAUUCAUUGCCGUGCGUUUGUGAGCAGUGCGGAAAAAGUUUCAGUCGCCCAUGGUUAUUAAAAGGUCAUCAAAGGACCCAUACAGGUCUUUCGUUUUUUCUUUUUUUAUUUGCCAUCUCCAGAGAAAAACCCUACGUGUGUUCGUUUUGUGGCCGUAGUUUUGCUGAUCGAAGCAAUCUUCGAGCUCAUGAGCAAACCCAUUUUCCUCAAAGAAAAUACAGGUGCGGUGGGGUUAUCUUCGCUUGA